AUGCGCCCCGGACGGAAGGAGGCCUCGCCUUUCAGCCUAGCCGCCGGCGAUCCCGUCGUCGUCACGCCAAACUGUCGUGCCACGCGGCACAUCGGCAAGAAGGGCACGGUCGUCACGCUCGGUCGGCAGAUCGAGGUGCUGCUGUCGCAGACCAACGAGGUGGUCAAGCUGAAUCGCAACGAGCUGUGCGCUGAGCUCGCGAGCCCGGCCCACGGCACUGUCGCGACACGCUCUACGCUGGACGACGAUGCGCCGCCAAAAACGCCACCAACACCGACGGAGCCGCAGCCGCUCACGCCGCUGAGCCGGGCGAUUGGGCCUCAAAGCCCGCGACAUGCGGCGUCGCCACGGGACGAGCGCGAGCUAGAGUACCAGCUUGCUGAGGACGGGAUCGAUUACAUCUCCCAGCUCGCCUCGUCGGCCACGCAGGAGCGGCUCACUCGCACCGGCUCUGCCGGCAGCGGUGACUCCUUCUCCAAGAACCUGUGCGAGCCGAUGGAGCGGAGGUCGCGACUGCUUCGCUCGGCGUCGCUUCGCCAGCAGCCGCUGCAGCCGCCGCCGCAGCCUCCUCCGCCCGACGAUGCCGCCUCUCUGCCCGCCGCGUCGCGCUGGGCAGACUUGGCUGCCCUCGAGGCGAGGAUCAAGCCGCUCGUCCGGCCCGUGCGCGGUUUCCCGACGGCAGACUUUGUCUUUGGGGACGUGACGCCGCUCCUCGCCGACGCCGCCGCGUUCGGCCUCUGCAUUGACGCGCUGGCGCGCGGGUUCUUGUUCGGACCGGCGGUGGCAAAGGCGCUCGGCGUCGCCUUUCUUCCCAUUCGGAAGGCGGGGCAGCUGCCGGCGUCCGUACACGAGUCCGAUGCGGGCCUCCUCCCCUCGGCGGGCGCGGGCGCCGUCGUGGUCGUGGACGACAUCCUCGCGACCGGCGGCUCCGCCUUUGCUUGCGCCCAGCUGCUGCAGCGGCUUGGCAUGAUGGUGGUGGAGAUUGCGGUGGUAUACGACUACAGCGGCGGCGCCUCCUCGCUGCCCGGCCGCAGCGUGCUCGCCGAGCACGGCUACGCUGUGUUCGCCCUCGCCCGCUUCUGCCGCGAUGGAGACAUGCGCUGGUGGCUCGAGCGGGGACGCGAGUCGGACGUCCUCCAUUCGCCACACGCGGGCAAGGCGCACACGAAACACUAGCAACUCGUGCACUAGCCAUUGCACUAGCACAGGCGCACGGGCAGAGGCCUCAGAGGGUCUGCCGUGCAAUAGAGAGGCGUCUGGAGCGCACGCGGCGCAGGCUGCCCUGAGCGCAAAGCGCGUCCUCGAGACGGCUACCAGAGCACUUAGCUGACGUGUUGGGAGUGGUCGUCGGAAAGUUAUGUGUGCGAGUUUACCGGUUUAGAGAGUAACGAUGCGCCAUGC